CACACGAAUCGUGUAGUUGUUUGACAAAACUAUGUUAGUUCUGAUCGAACAUUUUUUUCCAGAAAAAUUUCUUAUCUACUGACACACGUAGCAGCAAAAAACAUGUUUGCGCGGCUGGUCGCGCGGGCUCCGGCACCAAGCCGAGCGCUCGGCGCUAGCGGGGGGUUACUAUUGAAUUAUCAAAGCGUGUUAGCAAGGUCACGGUCAUCGAGCGCGCCGCUGAUAGAUGCAGCCCGUGCGCUAUCGAGUUGCACCGUCGCGAGGCAUACACUCAUCGUAACAGAAAUAUAUAGUUUUAUUGACUCACGGAGGAUAUGCGCCAGAGUUUGAGUACAUUCUCAACAAUCGAAGGUAGGUUGGGGUUCACAUUCCUGCAAAGAAACUACAAAUCUUGGACGCCACGUGCUGCUGCUAGUCGAUGUUAAAGGAUGUUUCAUCUAUGUCUAUCCAUUUCUAAAACGCUACAUCUACGCACUAGCUGCACAACCUAAAAGAACAGGUAGACAUCAUUUUAUCCACAUUCAUUUCAGUCACCGUCUGCGCCGAGUUUGUCUGAGCGCGCGAGGUAUAUCCAGGAAGCCCACACUGAAUCAAGAGUGCUUCAAGCUAACGGAACGGUCGAGCCACAAGCGAAAAAUGUUCUCGCUUCUACGCAAGAUUAAGGCCUGAAGAAUCUUCUCAGUCUUUGUGCAUUUACACUUCCACGACACGUAUCAUAGAUGCUCUGCUACAUCAUGUUUUUGGAGAUUCAAGACGACCAAGCCACAGAUGCGAAGAUCUAAUAAGAUGUUAUCGCGUUAGCAGAUGAGGCUGCUGAGGAGAAAAAUCACAGGAGCUUUUUGUUCCAGGAUCAAGCGCGAGACGCAGUGCAAGGAAACUCCCAGAAACCUCUUGGUGUGUGGCUUAUUUAUGAUACCAAUACUACUUUCACCCUCGGAAUAAACGGGCCUCCAUGUCCUCCUCAGAGGCGCAUCAUAAUACUUAGAUCCUCGGUUUUGCGAUUGCGCCCCUAGUUGGAGUUUAGUUAAUUGGAGGGUGUGUAGUUUUGAUUCUUCAUGGCUGCUAUUUCCUGAUGUGCUCAGAGUGCAUUAUGUUGUGUAUGUUCUUCAACUCCUGGUGGUGGGAAAUGGCAUCGAAUUCUUGGCUUCGCGGUGGUUGUAUCUAAGGCGGGUGAGAAGAAGAUGAAGGCGGGUGAUGCAAUCAACACGGUGAAGGAAUGAGUGUUGUGUUGCUUUCGUCGUUAUUAAGUGAAUAGAUGAUACUCCGCACAACUGACUAUCGUGGGAACAGAAAAUGGAAGAAGGGAUCUCCGUGUGAAAAUCUUACGCGGUUUCAUGGACUAGAAAUCAUUCUUCUUGUAGACGCCACUUGAUCUUUCAUCCGCCCAUAGGACUACAACAACAUGAUAUUGCACUAGAAAAUUAGUAGACCGAAACGGAAACUGUGCUGCUGAGGGGUACCAAUGUAAGAUUUUUGAGAGGAGAAUAAUUUUAGCAGGCUGUUGCUACGUGCUUACAGAU